UGGCGUCAGAGGCAGAAACAACUGAGCCCCUGGACUUCUGCUUUACAUUGAGAGCUCAGGAGGGGCGUUUCAUUUUUCCUGCAUCUGGGGAGCCUGCAAGGCUAAGCCCUUUGACCUUUGACAUCUGUGCGGCCCGAUUAAAAGAAGAUCUUUCCGACCUCCCUACACCCGGCUCCACCGAAAAUUGGGCCCGUGGUUGUCCACCGCCUGACAUCUGCAAGCUGCAUGCCCAUGAGUGCUCACUGGAAUUUGCAAUCAGCGAUAGCGGCAAUGACUUCAAAAUGGAGAACUAAUGAAUCUUGGUAUUCUCACCCAGUAUAUGCAAGAUAUUGGCAACAUUAUCAUCAUGCAAUGGUUUGGAUGCGAACCCACCAGAAUGUCUACAGGAAGUCCAAGAAUUCCUGUCUCACUUCCCCAUGGUUCUACCCUCAAGGAGUUCUUCCCUGGAACGCUGUUGAUUAUGAGGCUGGGCAUCCUUGGAACUAUCAAGGCCAACACGUGGUCUGGCAGGAGCCUCCCUACAGUGUUUCCCAUCUCCAAAGCUCUGGGCAGCCUCUUUGUGAUAGCAGGAGAAUCCAGGCAACCACAAGAGAAGAUGAAGCCCCAUAUGAAGAGGAAGCGAUGGAGUCGGAUUCAGAUAAUGAAAUAGAAUGCGACCUGAGCAAUAUGGAAAUCACGGAGGAGCUCCGCCAGUACUUUGCAGAGACUGAGAGGCACAGAGAAGAGCAGCGGCGACAGCAGCAACUAGAAGCCGAGCGUCUGGACGACUAUGUAAAUGCCGACCAUGGGCUGUACUACAACCACCAAAGGUCCACAGAGCCUCCCUCAGAGAAGCCUGGGGAGCGGCGUCAAGCAGAGAUGAAGCGCUUGUAUGGGGACAGUGCUCCCAAGAUCCUGGCCAUGGAGGCUGCUGUGCAGAUGAGCUUUGACAAGUACUGUGACAAAAAGCAGCCAAAAUACUGGCCUGUCAUUCCUCUGAAGUUCUGAGUUGUGGGCACAGGGACCUUGGGGAAAACCUCCUGAACACAGUUCCUCGCCUCCCUCCUCUGGAUGUGUUCUCUUCAUUUUUCCUGGACAUUUUUCAGAGAAAGAGGCCUGUAUACCAACACAGUGGAUACGAUCUGUCAGCCACUUAGAAUUCUGUCAGCAGGAGGUACACUGUUGCCAACACAAGAAAUAUCCCCUUUACAUAAAGUGAUAAUCGUAUAUAUUAUACUUAGUAUACUGGCUCUUGAUUAACUCCCUAAUAGAGUUCAGUUCAUGGACAUUUUUGCCUAGACAUACAAUGGUUUGCUUUUGUAAUUUCCUUCUUUAAGCCUUCCUGGUUGUCACAAAAUCCUUAAGCCACAUGUCAUUUUUUUUUUUUUUGAGACCAGUUCUCAUAUAACCCAAGUUAGCCUCAAACUCUUAAAUCCUCCUCCUUCCACAUCCCAAUUGCUAGCUUACAGAUGUGCACCCCAUUCUGGGCUCUAAUCCACAUGUUCUCACUGACUGUAACCCUUUGGAUCCCUCUGAAAAUGAUACAAGAGUACAGUAAAAAAAUGCCACUUGUUAUUCAGCGAGGUGUUAGCCUACAUGCUCUCUAAAAGGCCUGAGAGCAAUGUUCUGGGCUUGGCAGGCCAUGUCCUCUGUCUCCUAACUGCCUAACCCUGACUUUACAGCGUCAAAACAGCCAUGGAUACUGAGUAAACAAAUGGACUUGACUGUGUUCCAAUAAAACUUUAUUUGUAAAAUACAAAAAAAAAGAUCUUUCCACCUCAAAAGAUCUGGAUU